UUGGGUCGACUCAUGUUAUCUGCAAUCAACACGGUGCUCGGAUCAAAAGUUGUUACAAUAAAACAAGAUAUUUGCAUACCAAAUGAGCACGUCUUCCGUGACAAACGAUAAAGAACAAAAAAUAGAAACUCAUUCAAAACAGCCUACUAAAAAUGACAAAAAGAACGACGUUCAAAUUUUGUACGUUCGCGAUACGGGUGAUCCGUCUAAAAGACCCAUUGUACAAGAUGGAAUACAAAAGGAAGUGAUCCGUCAAGAACGCAAAUCACAAAUCAGUUGGAAUAAGAAAUACGACUAUUUGAGUGGGGAAAAUUUUCAACGGAUACUUGCCGAGGAAGCUGUUAAGGCCGGGCUUCCAGAGGAUACAUUCGUAAAACGCGAAAAAAAUGAUGCAUCAAUAACUAAACGUUUUAUGCAUAAGUUGGCGGCUUCGCCACCAAUUCCAAAGACCAGUACAGGCGUUGUUGGAUGGCGAUCUUCGCAGCAAGAGUAUUGCUUGGAAUUUCACGGACCCAUGUAUAUUUCUCCAAAACGAACAAUCAGCCCACCACCGGAACCCGAUGCCGUUCCAAUAACUCAUCAACGACGCAUAUUUCUUGGAUGAUUACUAAGCGAUCACACGAUUUUUUUCUACAAAUUCCUUAAAAUUUUAACAUGUACAUGUAAUUCAAC